AUGCUGGAGGAUGAGGACGGGAUGAGCGAGAGGGGGCUCAGCAGCUCCAGGAGGAGAUACGAGGAUGAGGAAGAUUACCACUCCAUCUACAUCGGGGUGCCGGUGCCGCGGGGGUACCGCAGGAAGCGGCGCCGCCGGAGAUCCCCGGGCUCCAGCCGGGACCGGAGCGAGAGCGAGCGGCCCUUCGAGCGCCACGACCCCUCGGACACCGACGACGGCGGCCACGGCUGCUACGAGAGCGGCAAUGACAACGCCAGCAGGACCAUGUCUCCGGCUGCCGAACGUCUCCGCUACAUCCUGGGGGAAGAUGAUGAGCCUCCCAAUCCCACCCUUUUCACGGAGAUGGACACCCUGCAGCACGACGGGGAGGAGAUGGAGUGGAAGGAAUCGGCCAGGUGGAUCAAGUUUGAAGAGAAGGUGGAGGAAGGUGGGGAGAGAUGGAGCAAACCCCACGUGUCCACGUUGUCCUUGCACAGCCUGUUCGAGCUGCGGACGUGUCUCCAGACGGGAACGGUGCUCCUGGACCUGGAUGGCUACUCCUUGCCCCAAAUUAUAGAUGAUGUCAUUGAGAAGCAGAUCGAGGAUGGUCUGCUCAAGCCAGAGCUGAGGGAGAAGAUAAGCUAUGUGCUCCUGAGAAAGCACCGCCACCAAACCAAGAAACCAAUCCACCGGUCCUUGGCCGACAUCGGGAAAUCCGUCUCCUCCAACACAGCCCGCAGCCCCGUCCGGAGCCCAGCCACCGGAGCCGCCUUCCACCGCUCCACCGAGGACCUGCGGAUGCGGCAGAGCGCGAGCUACGGCCGCCUGCGUCACGCGCAGAGUCGGAGCAUGAACGACAUCUCGGACACGCCAAGCACCGACCAGCUGAAGAACAAGUUCAUCAAGAAGAUCCCCAAGGAUGCAGAGGCCUCCAAUGUUCUGGUGGGAGAAGUGGAGUUCCUGGAGAAGCCCUUUGUGGCUUUCGUGCGGCUCCUCCAGGCGACAAUGCUGGGAGGGGUGACAGAGGUGCCCGUGCCCACCAGAUUCCUCUUUAUCCUCCUCGGUCCCGCGGGAAAAGCCAAAUCCUACAACGAGAUCGGCAGAGCCAUCGCGACUCUCAUGGUGGAUGACCUCUUCAGUGACGUUGCCUACAAAGCCCGGGACAGAGAAGACCUGAUUGCUGGCAUAGAUGAGUUCCUGGAUGAAGUCAUCGUCCUGCCACCCGGAGAGUGGGACCCCAACAUCAGGAUUGAGCCACCCAAAAAAGUGCCCUCGGCUGAGAAGAGGAAAUCGGUUUUCUCCCUGAACGAGGUGGGGCAGAUGAACGGCACGGCCGGAGGGGCCGGGGCUGGGGGAGGAGGAGGAGGCAGCGAGGACGGGGAGAUGCCUGAAGUUCAUGAAAUCGGGGAAGAGCUCGCGUGGACCGGCAG